AUGGCUCCGGUUAUUCAAAUUUCCCCAAAACGUUCAUCAUUUAUCGAUGAUUUAGAUGAAUUCUUGGUACAAGGGCUACAACCUGAAAUUUUGUAUCGAAUCGAGUUGAUUCUUUUUCACAAAACGAAAUUUAUUGCAAACGCAUUUUUUGUGAGUGAUGAGAACGGGGUAAUUGAUUUGAGCAAAGAAGCUCCACUAUUUGGAUUUUAUAAAGGUGUUGAUAAAAUGGGUCUUUUCACAGCUCUUUAUCAGGAUCCACUUGAGCGUUUUGGAUCAAAAUUGAACUUGUCUCCAGUGCCUGAGACUCUGAACUACAAGAUUUCUGUGCAUAUCAUAGAAGAACGCGAUUCGGUGGCCGAUUGUGAGAUCGAGAGGGUGAUUUGGCCGGAAAAUAUUCAGAGAACUGCUUUGGAACAUCAGAGACUUGAUGGAGUCAUUUUUUCACCAAAAGAUCCCGAAAUUUGCCCACUUCCCUGCAUUCUUGAUCUCUCGGGUGUUGGCGGGAUCAAAGAGCAUCGUGCCUGUUUCCUCGCUCAAUCUGGCUAUCUCGUUCUCUCGUUGGCUUUAUAUGGAAAAAGUGAAAAGCUACCGAAAAGACACGAAGAUGUCAAUACGGAAUAUAUUCUUGAAGCGAUCGAUUAUCUGACUAGUUUACGCAAUGCCACUGAGCAAGUGAUUCUCAUUGGGACAUCGCUUGGUGGAACUUGGGCAUAUCAUGCGGCAACGAGAUCGAACAAGGUAAAAGCAGCGAUCAGUAUUAAUGGACAAGGAGGCUACUAUUUUGUUUCACAAAUCAAAGAAAAUGGAAAGAGAUUGCCGUGGACACCAUUGACUCCGGAGGCUCUGAGCCAAGUCGAGAUCGAGAAUGGUUGCGUUUCGUACGCGAAAAUGUAUGAAGCGUGUGAAGCUGAAGAGAAACACAAAAUUCCACUCGAAAGCCUCAAUUCUCAUCAAAAUCUCUUCUAUAUUGCAAGCGAAUGGGACAAAGCAAUUCCUGCCUUGCAACAGUGCAAAUGGAUCGAAGAACGAAUGAAAAAUGCCGGGAAAAGCGAUAGUUUUAACUUCGAAAUCGCUUCCAAGGGCUCUCACAUGUUGGACGUGCCAUUUAUGCCGAUUUGUGAUGUCACCUAUGUUGCUGGUAAAUUUUUGCUAUUUGGAGGUGAUCCUUAUAUAUCUGGGUGUGAGCAGAGAAGAAUUUGGCCGAAAAUUUUGGAGUUUAUCAAGAAAAAUUUCGAAGAAAUCAAGCAA